CCGCCCGGGCGCCGAUUGGCCACUUCCCCGCCUAUGGCGGUGGCCCUCCUAUUGUCCCUCCCCAAAUCCUCGCUCACUUCUUUCGCCCCAUCCCAUGCAAACUGGGGUCUCGUCAAAUCCCUCCGUCUGUCAGCCAGUCCUCCAGAAUGAGUGCCACUGUAACCGUCACCGAACCUCCGAGGAUCACGGCAGAAAAUGUCGCGACCCUCUUCCCCGAGGUCGACACUUCGCUCGCGCGGGAGGUGCUCCCCACUGCGACCAGCAACCCCUCCGCCAGCCAGGCGGGCGACGAGCUGGCCGGCUACGAUGAGGAACAGGUUCGCCUGAUGGAGGAGGUGUGUAUCGUCCUGGACGAGGAUGACAAGCCCAUUGGCAGCGCCAGCAAGAAGGCUUGCCAUUUAAUGACCAACAUCGAUCGCGGCCUCCUCCACCGUGCCUUUUCGGUCUUUCUCUUCGACUCCAACAAGCGUCUGCUGCUCCAGCAGCGGGCUUCCGAAAAGAUCACCUUCCCCGACAUGUGGACAAACACCUGCUGCUCCCACCCUCUGGGCAUUCCGGGAGAGACGGGGUCGCAGCUGGAUGCGGCCGUGCUGGGCGUGAAGCGCGCGGCACAGCGCAAGCUGGAGCAAGAGCUGGGCAUCAAGCCGGAGCAGGUCCCGCUCGACAAAUUUGAGUUCUUCACCCGAAUCCACUACAAGGCGCCCAGUGAUGGGAAGUGGGGAGAGCAUGAGAUUGACUACAUCCUGUUCAUUCAAGCCAAUGUCGAUCUGAAGCCCAAUCCGAAUGAAGUGCGCGACACAAAAUACGUUUCCGCGGAGGAGUUGAAGCAGAUGUUCGAGCAGCCGGGAUUGACGUUCACGCCCUGGUUCAAGCUCAUCUGCAACUCGAUGCUGUUUGAGUGGUGGGCUCACCUGGGCUCGCCGUCGCUGGAGCCGUACAAGAACGAGCAGGCGAUCCGUCGGAUGUAAGGCGUGGCGAAACAACCGACGAUGUCAUGGCAUUCGCAUUCGUACUGUGCUGCAUUGCGCAUGAAUCUGACCCGGCGCGGUCUUUCUUGAUUCCCCUUGGCUUCUGUUUGGACAGCGUUUGCCGGUAUAAUCCGAGCCAGAUACCA